AAUAGACGCCAUGGCCUACAAAAUUGUAACAACUAUUUUAUUAGUUUUAAUCGCUGUGAGCACUGUUAGCCUAAAUAGUGCCGAUGCCUUACCCAUUGAUGAUAAUUAUGUUGGUGGCGGUGGUGUUGUAGCCAACAACAAACUACCGGUGCUUUUAACGACCGGUGCUUAUUCACUAACAUUUGAUACACUAGUGUCGGGUUUCAAACAAUUGUUGGCUACACUAUUUGGACCCAUUGUUUUGCUAACAUUUUUCUCAAUACCCCUAUUAGGUAUACCCAUAAUUGGCAAACUACUAGAACCCCUGUUUUCUAUAGUUCAAUAA